CCCAUUAAUUUUUUUAGAUGCGAAGCUUGGAAAUAAAAUAAAAUAACAUGUGACAUAACUUCCUAUUAUAAAUAUUUCCUUAUCUCUUCCUUCCAUAUCAACAUCCUUCACCAUUGCAAGAAUCCUUCACCAUAGCAAGAAGUCUCAUAAGAGUAGGACUCUUCUUCCCAUCCCCUUCUACACAAUCCGAAGCAGUCUCCUCCAAAACUCUUAUUCUUAUAAGAGGAGUCCACAAACGCAAGAAGAAGGAUAUAUAAAAGAGAGAGGAGGAGUUUUGACUCUAAUGGAUGGCAUUAGCUAUGGCUUCGUCAACAACUGCAGCACCAAGGGAUUCGUUGCUUAUCUCCUUGCCGCCUUCUCUAUAGCCAUAGCCUCCACUCUCUUCCUCUCCAACAAAUAUUCUGCCGAUGGAUCUCACACCUACCUCCUCGCUACCUCAUCCCAAAACACCCGAGACUGGCCGGAGUUGGAGUUCAAUUGGAGGACCAUCUUGAUGACCGUCAUUGGCUUCUUGGGCUCAGCCUUCGGCACGGUGGGCGGUGUUGGGGGUGGUGGCAUCUUCGUUCCCAUGCUUAAUCUCAUCAUCGGCUUCGACACCAAGGCUGCCGCCGCUCUCUCCAAAUGUAUGAUCAUGGGAGCAUCCGCAUCGUCGGUGUGGUACAAUCUUCGGGUAUCACAUCCUUCGAAGGAGGUGCCGAUCAUAGACUACAACUUGGCGCUGCUGUUCCAGCCCAUGCUUAUGCUGGGAAUCACUAUUGGUGUAGAGCUAAGUGUGGUGUUUCCCUACUGGCUUAUCACCGUUCUCAUUAUCAUUCUCUUCGUAGGUACUUCAUCAAGGUCUUUCUUCAAGGGAAUUGAGAUGUGGAAGCAGGAAACCAUGCUUAAGAUGGAGAUGGAGAAGCAGGAGCAGGAGGCCAAGUCUCAAGCAAAUGGAAAUAAUGUUAUCAUUGAUUCAGAAUACAGGCCUCUACUUCCUCAGCCAGAGAAAUCACGACUUGAGAUAUUGCUCUUCAACAUAAGGUGGAAGGGGAUCUUGGUGCUGAUGCUUGUUUGGUCCUCUUUCCUGCUCCUCCAAAUCCUAAAGAACAAUUCAGAAGUCUGCAGCCCUUUCUACUGGGUUGUUAACAUCUUGCAGUUUCCAAUUGCCUUGAGCGUUUUUGGAUGGGAGGCAGCAAAAUUGUGGAGGGAGAGUAGGGAGAGGAGGAUGUGUGGGAACUGGGAAUGUGUUUGUGAAGCCUCCAUUGAGUUUAGUGGGUGGCAGCUGCUCUUGUGUGCCUUCUGUGGCCUCCUUGGUGGCACUGUUGGGGGGCUUCUUGGUUCUGGUGGUGGAUUCAUUCUUGGCCCUCUGCUGCUUGAAAUUGGAGUCAUUCCUCAGGUUGCAAGCGCAACUGCAACAUUUGUUAUGAUGUUCUCCUCAUCCCUCUCGGUUGUGGAGUUCUACUUUCUCAAAAGAUUUCCAAUUCCUUAUGCGCUCUAUCUCAUUGCAGUGUCUGUGAUGGCUGGAUUCUGGGGGCAAUUCUUUGUCAGAAAGUUGGUCAAGAUUCUCAAGAGAGCAUCUAUCAUCAUUUUCAUCCUAUCCUCUGUCAUCUUUGCCAGUGCUCUUACCAUGGGUGUUGUUGGAGCUGAUAAGAGCAUUUCCAUGAUCAAGCAGCAUGAAUAUAUGGGAUUUCUGAACUUCUGUUAGAAAUAAAGGAGAAAUAUGUGGCAAUCAUCAGAAGAGUGUGGGUCAAUACCUAGUUGACCUGAUCACUUCCAACGUGAAUCAAUAAAGGAUUUAGAAUCCUGGAGUGUUAGCUCCUUGCUAACCUCCAAUCACUUCAAAGUGAAAUCGCUUCAUUCACCUAUUACUAUGCAAUUGUUUUAUCUAGUCGUUAUUGAUUGCUGUGUGAUGUAAAGUUUGGAGCUUUGGAAAUAAGUCGGUUGAUGAUUUGGUUGCAGCA